CUACUUGUUUCACUGCAAAUUCUGGUGCUGUAAUAAAUGUCUUAUUAAUUAGAUCUUCUAAAGCUGCUGUUUAAAAGAUACAACCACCCAUCACUUCUAAGCAAUACAAUCUCUAGUAACUCAACUUAACCCAUUGCAUUACACCAUAAUUACUCAUACUAAUCCAUCAAUUAACAAACCCAUUCAAAGUAAUUAAGAGUCGAGGGUCUCACUGGUUGCAUCAACCUCCUUAGCUAUUUUUGAUCUGGAGUUGAACAGUGCAUACUAUAUUUUUAGUAAGCUAUCGAAGGAAGAAAAUGGUGUCUGAGAAGCAUGGGGAAGAAGCAAUAGUCUCUAACUUUAAUGAAAAUGAGAGCCAAAGUAAUAUGGAAAUUGAUGGGAAUAGCAAAGAGGAUGAUCAUGCUAUGUUUAGUAUGAAGAGUUUUUUUUGGCAUGGUGGUUCUGUUUGGGAUGCUUGGUUUAGUUGUGCCUCUAAUCAAGUGGCGCAAGUGUUGCUAACUCUACCGUACUCAUUCUCACAAUUGGGGAUGCUAUCAGGAAUAUUACUACAAUUAUUCUAUGGUAUCAUGGGAAGUUGGACUGCAUAUCUUAUCAGUGUUCUUUAUGUUGAAUAUCGUAGUCGGAAGGAAAAGGAAGGUGUAAGCUUCAAAAACCAUGUCAUUCAGUGGUUUGAAGUUCUAGACGGAUUACUAGGACCAUAUUGGAAAGCAGUGGGACUAGCGUUCAAUGUAAUAUUCCUUCUCUUUGGAUCUGUGAUACAACUCAUUGCUUGUGCAAGCAAUAUAUACUAUAUCAAUGACCAUUUGGACAAACGCACAUGGACAUACAUAUUUGGAGCAUGUUGUGCAACAACUGUAUUCAUCCCCUCCUUCCAUAACUACCGGGUUUGGUCUUUUCUUGGCCUUGGCAUGACCACUUACACCGCUUGGUAUAUGGCCAUCGCCGCCCUCGUCCAUGGACAGAUUGAUGGUGUGACACAUUCUGGACCAACGAAGCUAGUGUUGUAUUUCACUGGUGCUACUAACAUAUUAUACACCUUUGGUGGUCAUGCUGUUACAGUGGAAAUAAUGCAUGCCAUGUGGAAACCCCAAAAGUUUAAGUACAUCUAUCUGUUGGCCACACUUUAUGUUUUCACAUUAACACUUCCGUCUGCUGCGGCUGUUUACUGGGCGUUUGGAGAUGAACUUCUUAAUCACUCUAAUGCUUUCUCUCUCCUUCCUAAGUCUGGUUAUCGUGACGCCGCCGUUAUCUUAAUGCUCAUCCAUCAGUUCAUAACAUUUGGGUUUGCAUGUACACCAUUAUACUUUAUAUGGGAGAAGGUAAUAGGAAUGCAUGAUACAAAGAGUAUAUGUUUAAGGGCACUAGCAAGAUUACCGGUAGUAAUACCAAUAUGGUUCCUAGCAAUCAUAUUCCCAUUUUUUGGACCCAUAAAUUCAGCUGUGGGUGCCCUUUUGGUUAGUUUCACUGUCUAUAUCAUUCCAGCUCUUGCCCAUAUGCUCACUUACAAAGACGCUUCUGCCAGACAGAAUGCUGCAGAGAAGCCUCCUUCCUUUUUUCCAACAUGGACAGGAAUGUAUGCAGUGAAUAUAUUCAUAGUAGUAUGGGUUUUUGUAAUCGGGUUUGGGUUUGGAGGAUGGGCCAGCAUGACAAACUUUGUGAGACAAAUUGACACAUUUGGAUUAUUUGCAAAGUGUUAUCAAUGCAAUCCUCCUAAAUCACCUUUACUCAACUCUACAACUCCUCACCACUAAUCAUGUUUAAUUUCUCUAAUUGAUCCAUUUUCUCUUUGGUAAUGGUAGUGAUCAACAAGCACAAUUUGGGGCUAAACCCCUCCAUAUUUUGUACCAUAUAAGGGAAAAUUAUUAGAUUUAUAUAUUUUUCCCUUAAUAUUAUAAUGUUUGUUAUUAUUUUUUUUUUGUUUCCUUAUACUUAAUUUUAUAAGGAUAUUUUUAGUUAAUUUUACAGAAUUAGAGAAUUAUGAAGUGUGUUAUUGAAGGAAUAUUUGUUGUAUGUGUUCUUUUACUAGUAAAAGAGGGGAAUAGAAAUAGUAUAAGUUUGAAGGGAGUAUAAAUUAGUACUUCUCUAGUUAUUUGCAAGUAGAAUUGAUGUAAUUUUCGAAAUGUUGUUAUUACAUUUACGGUAUCAGAAAGUAUUGUUCAUUACAUUAUCUUUU